GUUUGUUUUUCAAGGCUUAAUGGUUGAUGCUAAGGAAUAGUUCAACUGGUUGAGAGUAUUGCAAACGGUAGAAAAAAAAAAUCGGGAAUCAUACUCAAUGUCCAUCUAAAAAGUCAAAUUGAGAUCGACAUUUUUGAGGCGAACUCUCGACUAAAAAGUAACAUACGGGUUAUCAUCGUAGAACUUGAACGUGAGCGUUAGCCACUAUAGCGUGAGCAGGGUAGUGCUAGCUAACUUGAUAAACGUUUUAUUUUAUUGGACGUUUCUGGUGAAUUACAAUGAGACAAAUGCAUACAAGCUAAGUUAGCAUAAUAUACAUCACCACAAUCGUCAAUGUUUUCGCCUCGGAAUGUUGUUCACCACCAGUGCUAACUAGCAUGUUAGCAAUGGUAUGUUGCAGGUAGUUAAUUAGCCAGGGUUUGAAUGGUGACUGACGCUUAGUUAUAAGGCCCUAAAACGGCCAGUAGAAUUUUGUAAAGAAUAUUUUAACAUUACUAUAUGCGCGAUUUUUUUUAAGGUUGCUACAGUGGUUGAGUUGUAUUGGAACUCAUUAGCUAACGUUAGCUGCGCUUUGGGAGUUAAGCCAGAAUGCCAGAUACACAACGACCAUGUCGGAAAAAUUUAUAUAACGCACAGCCCUUCUAGACAUCAAAUUGGUCACCUCUAGCAAUUGUGACUUUUCUAUAUAAACUGACAGCUGCAUUAUUGCAUUAAGUUAAUGCAGUUUUGCACCAUCCUACAGUUGGAGUUGUUGGUGCCAGUGCGGUUAAGUUGCGUACAUAGAUCCACUUUUCAACUGGAUUGAGAUAGCAAGUCACUAUCAGUCGUCUUGCCAGACAUACAAUGUCAGAAAACCAGGGCAACGUGAACAAUAACGUCCCGCUAAAUAACAAUGGCGGGGCGAACAGAAUGCGAAACCCUAAUAUCAACCAGAACCCACUCAUCAAUGUUCGAGACAGACUUUUCCAUGCCCUAUUCUUCAAGAUGGCAGUUACCUAUGCCAGAUUGUUUCCACCAUCUUUCAGAAGAAUCUUCGAGUUCUUUGUCCUAUUGAAGGCCCUGUUUGUGCUCUUCAUCCUGGCCUACAUCCACAUCGCCUUCUCCCGCUCGCCCAUCAACUGCCUGGAGCACGUGAGGGAGAAGUGGCCGCGUGACGGCAUCCUGCGCGUGGAGAUUCAGCGCAACUCGUCGCGUGCGCCCAUCUUCCUGCAGUUCUACGACACGGAUGGCUUCCAGGGCCUGGUCAAGGAACCAGAGGGAGAGGGAGGAGGAGGGCUGGGCCUGGCCGCGCUGCACCACGAGGAGGACGACGACGAGGAAGAGAUGACCCUGGAGAUGUUUGACAACAGCUCUGUGCAGUUUGAGCUAGACAUCGAGCCACGGCUGAAGCCCUCGCUGAGCGGCAUCGGCCUUGGGGGAGGGGGCCUCAACGACAGCCAGGACCUCUCCUUCAGCCAGUCGCCCACUAAAGGUAUGCAGCCGCUGAGAGAGACAGUCUCCGAGAUUGAGAUGCUAACACGAGCAGUGUGGCCUCAGGAGGAGUACAUAGUUGAGUACUCUCUGGAGUACGGCUUCCUCCGCUUGUCCCAGACCACCCGGCAACGCCUCAACAUCCCCGUCAUGGUCGUCACGCUGGACCCAAUGAAGGACCAGUGCUUUGGGGACGGCUUCAGCCGCUUCCUCCUGGAUGAGUUCCUGGGCUACGAUGACAUCCUGAUGUCCAGCGUCAAGGCCCUGGCCGAGAACGAGGAGAAUAAAGGCUUCCUCAGGAACGUGGUGUCAGGGGAACACUACCGAUUUGUCAGCAUGUGGAUGGCCCGCACCUCCUAUCUGGCUGCCUUUGUCAUCAUGGUAAUAUUCACCCUGUCGGUGUCUAUGCUGCUGCGCUACUCCCACCACCAGAUCUUCGUCUUCAUCGUGGAUCUGCUGCAGAUGUUGGAAAUGAACAUGACCAUCGCCUUCCCAGCAGCCCCUCUGCUCACCGUCAUCCUGGCUCUCGUGGGCAUGGAGGCCAUCAUGUCGGAGUUCUUCAACGACACCACCACCGCCUUCUACAUCAUCCUCAUCGUGUGGCUGGCCGACCAGUACGACGCCAUCUGCUGCCACACCAACACCAGCAAGCGUCAUUGGCUGAGGUUCUUCUAUCUGUAUCACUUUGCGUUCUACGCCUACCACUACCGCUUCAACGGCCAGUACAGCAGCCUGGCUCUGGUCACCUCCUGGCUCUUCAUACAGCACUCCAUGAUCUACUUCUUCCACCACUACGAGCUACCGGCCAUCCUGCAGCAGAUCCGCAUCCAGGAGAUGCUGCUGCAGAACCAGCAGGCAGGCCAGGGGGGAAACCAGACGGCCUUGCAGGACAACCUUAACAACAACAACACCGCAGCAGCUGCAGCUGGAGGAGCGGCUCCACCCCGCGGGGGGGCAGCCAACGGCCAGGUCCAACUGCCAGAUGAGCCCCAGGCGGCUUCGGCGGCCCAGGCCCAAGGUACAGCGACCCAGGCUUUCCAGUCUAACAGCAUGGCCAGCAGCGCUACAUUAGAAAGGGCCCGGGAAGAGUUGACGAUGACGACGGAGCUGGACUGGAUGGCGGAGACGGCGGCCAUCAUCACGGAGGCCCUGUCCUCCUCCUUGGCUCCCCAGCUGGAGAGCACGGAAGGGGGGUUGCUGGGGGAGGCCGAAGAGGUGGGGGGGGUCAUGGUUUCUGAGGCGGGCCUCAGCGUGGUGGCAGAGAUUCGAAUGGGGGUGGGGGUGGAGGAGGAGAGGGUACAGAUGGCCUCAAUCCCAGUUUGGUUCCAGUGGAAAUCAAAACCGUAGGGGCCUGCAGUGCAGCUGGCUUAGGCCCGCCUCUUCCUCCCUCUCCUCCAAUAGGAGGACUUCAGGAAGCAGAGACUAGCCUCUCUAGUGUCAGUCCCUUCCUCCUUCCUCCUCCUCCUCCUCCACACACAGACUGCAGUAGGGCAGAGGCUGGGGAGCCAGAGAGCCCUGGGCAAAGCCCCACAGACUGGGAGCCCAAGACAGAGGAACCCCCCAGCUCCACUCCGUCCUGAGCCCCCCUACUCCAACUCACAUAUGCUCCCACACGCAGAGGCAACAUGUCUUCUCCCCCCUCAAUUCCUCUUCCAACACCGCAAGAUUGCCGCCGUGGCUAUAUUACUGUAAUCUCAUUCUUACGACACCAAGGAGAAGCGAGGGAUGGAAAGCUAAGAAAAGGCGCCCCCUCCACUCUCCUCUAGAAUCUCUGCUACGAUAAUGUUUUGUUUUGCUUUUAGUUUCCCCAUCCUUAGUGGGACAGUGACGUUUUCCAUCCGUCGCAGAGUUUUUGCUCAAAUUAUGUGUGAUACACCAACUUCGCUGCAAAGUUGUGGAAUCGUUCGGGAAAGGCUACCAUGACAUUUUGCCAUGUGAUAUUUGUGUUUGUUUAUGAUUGAAAGUUGAUUUGUAAAAUAGAGAGGCGGCAAUCCUAUUGCGUUGAUGUACAAUUCCUUAAAGGAUGUUUCUUUUAGUUAGGUGUCUCGACGGGCUUUGGAAAUGGCAGUGAACUCUAUGCGUUUUCUUUUUGAGAGCACAGUGGACUACCAUACCAGUCAUCACAAGGCUGUAACACAUACUCGUAUCCUAGUCAUUCAUUCCAUCUGGUCCUCGAACCCAGAAAAAGAAAAUACGAAUACAACCCUGUGUUUCUGAGUUGCUCUAGUGUCCGAGUUGGUCAUUUUUCUUUCAGAACUGUAAGCUAGUAAUGUUGCUGUGGUUUGUGUAGAUACUUAUUCACGCACCACUUUUUCACAGGCGCUCAACUCCUCCAGUUUGGAGGUUGUAGUCGUAACUGGCAACUGGCUCCACAAGCUAGCGCUAGCCCUGAGUGGAGCAUCAUGGGAAAUGGAGUUUUCAUCCACUUUGGAGUGUUAAGCAGACCUGCUUGCUCUUGUUCAGAUUUUUUUUUUUCCCGUCCACUUCUCUUAUGAUAAUUGGCAGUUGCUCCCCGUACUUCUUGAGCUGAAGAAGAGCGGCCAUCAUUGCGGUUUCUCUCAUCUUAACCCCUUUUGAGUGAAACUGCGUCAUUGGUCCGCCCCUGGGAGCUUUUCUGUGUACUGCUAGCCAACCAAUUUCUCUCAUCACCAUGUUUUGUAUUUGUCUUUCACAUUAGAAUCGCUUCACUAGUCAUGUGCACAUUAAACAGAAUUAACCUGAAGGCUCAACCAUUGCCUUAAACACCCGUUUCAUGGUCUUCAAACAAAAUUAUUUAAGUCAAUAUUUGUUCCCAUGGCCCCUUAGACUGUAUUCCAAAAGAGAAGCAUGUGACUGUAAAAAAGAAAUGCGCUUCAUCACAAGGAAGUUUUCUGGUUCAUGGCGUCAGCUGACUGAGGCCCAUUUCAAGCUCAAACACACAGAUCUUUGCCUCAGACUGGCACAAGACAAUACCAGGCGAUGUUGAACAGCUUCAGGGUAAAGCCAUUGUACCCAGCCGAACCCAUCUCCAUUACAUUUGUCAUUGCGAUCUACCAUUCAGCUGCCCAACUGGAUAGUUAUGAAGAAAAAGCAUAUAUUGGACCCUGGGGGGCAUUUAAUUUUGUAGAAAAAAUAUAUUUAGGAUUAAUAUUUUAUCUUUCAUCAAUGUUCUUGUUUCAAAACCUUCAGGAGAUUAUGAUAAAGCUGCACAAUGUUAAAAACCUUCCACGGCUGUUGUGGCCACUGCUCUAUACCAUAGCUCACGGGAGACUAAAUAACUGGCUUGUAAAAUGCUACUGUGAUGCUAGUUGUAUUUGCUAGGGUCUAAAGACAAACAUUGUUUUCCUGUACUCGGAUGGACCUGACAUGCAUCAUGCUUCCCCUUUUCUGGAACUAGCUGAACAAGGUACUAACAUGGACAGGGUAUAACACAAUUCCAGGGGUUUUGACAUUGUAACUCUAUAGACAUAAACGGUCAGGGAAGGAUCAGUAGUCAUUGACAGGUGUGGUCGACGUCUUCGUCCUCAGCUGUUUGAAUUGAGAACAAUCUGACCAGAGAGCUUUUAUUUUGAAUGAUACCUUAUAUGAUUCCGAAUGAGAGAUUAGUGCAAGUUGAGAUUGCCCUUGUUGGCCUCAUAUCAGAGGAAAAUGGGUUGUUUCUCAACAGAAUGGCGAUAAUCAAGGGACAUUUCACAAAAUAUCAUUGUUCUAUUGAGACACGAGGGGUUAGCGUAAUUUCUGCUCAGUGAGUUGGGUGGAGAUGUAGUCAAGGCUAUGCAACGGGCAGGACAGAGGACGUGGUUAUGGGAUGAGAAGGUUGUCCAAAUUGUGCAAUUUGACAAGUCAGUUUAAAGAAGUCUUUUAAGUUCAUUCUAGGGGAAGCUUUUACCGAUAAGAGAAGGAAAAAAAUGUUCCGUCAAUGAGGUUUUCUGAUCAGUUUCUUUAUCUGUGCCUAUAUUCCGUUCUGUGAGAGAAAACGGGAUGAUUGUAGCCUUGCAACAGUUGCUAUCCAUUUGUAGUUAAUUUUAGACAAUGAUAAAUGAACCCUUCGAUCUGUGAUGGACUAGAUUCCUCUCAUUCAAAUGUAUUUAACUGUUCAGUAAACCAAGUGCAGUAGAAGCAUUCUUUGCACAAAAUGC